GUAAGGCUCAGUGAAUGAUACACAACUGAAAAUCAAACUGAAAGAAAGCACAAACAUAAUCUUCAUAAGAUGGGGUUUGUAAUGGGGAUUUCUACAUUUUCAUCUUCUUCACAACCCCAUUUCUUCUAUUCCCACCACAGAAAACCACAUGAGUUUGGUAAAAGAAGACGAAUUUACGCCUGUAUGCAACACCAUGACCCAAACGACGACGUUUCCUGCCACAGAAGAGCGUUUCUGUUCAUGGGUGUUGCUGUUCUUCCGUUUUUGAAUUUAAAGGCUAGAGCUUUUGAAAAUCUUGCUCCUGAUGAAUCCGAAAAUUCUGCAAGGGCACAAGAGCUUAAUCAAAUGGCAGAGGUACAAACUCAAAGCGAUGCAUCAUCAAAUCCCGUUCUUACCCUUUCGGGGUCACUUGGAAUACUUGCUUCAGGUGUGCUUGGUGCUUUUUAUGCAUUGGCUCAGAAAGAAAAAUCAGUCGACAUUGCAACAAUAGAAUCUAUGAAAAAUAAACUGGUGGAGAAGGAAGCUGCAAUCCUUUCAAUGCAGAAAAGCUUCGAGUCAAAACUACAGAAAGAAAAAGAAGCGAUAAACGAGCAAAUUAAAAAUUCAAAUCAAGAAAAACAAUCAUUAAUGGGUCAAAUAAGUUCAGCAAACACUACGAUUAAUGGGUUAGGACAAGAGCUUCGGAAAGAGAAAAAAAUCAUUCAAGAUCUUCAAACUCAGAUUGACGGUCUUACGGUUGACUUAAAAAAAGCUUCAGAUGAUAAAGAAGCCCUGAAAAUUCAGUUAAACGAUAAGCUUUCUUCUAUUGAAGGUUUACAAGAACGGAUAAACUUGCUUAACUCCGAGAUUAAAGAUAAAAAAGACAAUCUGGCAAAUGUCCGUUCUGCCCUUGCGGUUAAAGAAUCCGAGUUCAAGAAACUGAAUUCUAGUUAUGAAGAAACACGCGCAGAGUUGACCAGGUCAAAGUCAGAGAUUGAAGGACUAAGACAAGAAAUCUCGAAACUUGAGAACGAGUUAGAAUUGAAAAGUUCGAAUCUUGAUGAUUUGAACGCAGAAAUUCGGUCUUUACGUGAAGAAAAAGACGUUAUUUUCAAGGAAUUGGAAUCUGUUAAAAACGAGUACAACGAGUUGAAGAUUUCGUCAGAAAAGCAAGCGGAAUCUGAUGCUACGCGUUUGGUAGAAAGCGGGAAGAAAAUCGACGAGCUUAAAGAAAGGCUUGAGUUCACGUUGACCGAAGUGGUCAAAAACGAAGAAUUAGUCAACUCGUUGACUAAUGAAGGAGACAGUUUAAGGAAGACGUUGGAUAUUGAAGUCAGAAACGUUAAUAGCCUUGAAAAUGAGCUUCAGACCGUACAGAAAACAUUAGAGGACACGAGAAACGAGGCUGCUGAGCUGGCGGGACUUCUUGAGCGUUCUAAGAAUACAUGCAAGAGUCUCGAGGAAGAACUUUCUGGAGUUCUAACCAAAUAUUCUGAAUCUAAAAUCGAGUUACAGAAAAACAUUGAAGAAUUGAAAGAUACGGUUGAAACGCUGACUAACGAGCUCGGGUCAACCAAAGACGAUUAUGAAAAAACAAAGGAGGAACUAAACCGGGUAUCCGUAGAACUUCAAGAAAUAUCAGAAAACCGUGACAAUUUACGUAAAGAGCUCGUCGAGACGUAUAAAAAGCUUGAAAACGCAACUCACGAGCUUGAACAACAGGAGAAAAACACUGCGUCUUUGACCAAAGAAGUCAACUCACUAAAAGCCGAGAUCUUGGAAGACAAAGAGUCAAGAAAGUCAUUAGAAAGCAAUUUAGAAGACGCCACAAAAGCACUCGACGAAACCAACCAAAACACCAAGAUUCUAUCACAGGAAUUGGAGGUUUCAAAAAACACGAUUUCCGUGCUAGAAGACGAAAAAGAAGUUCUGUACAAAUCUGUCGACGAACAGAAACAGGCGAUUCAAGUAGCCCGAGAAAACAUGGAGGAUGCGCAUAAUGCGAUUUUGAAAUUGGGAAAAGAAAAGGAGAGUUUGGAGAAAAAAGUAAGCAAACUCGAGAAGGAAUUAGCGGUUGCAAAAGGCGAGAUUUUACAGUUAAGAACCGUAAAGAAUACAUCGGAAACUGCCCAGAAGAAGGAAAACGAGAAUGGAAGUGAAGAAAACGCGGAAAAGGUGAAUGAGAAUGGAAGUGAAGAUGAGAAAGAAACUGUAACUGUGAAGAAAGUUAGGAGGAGGAAAAGGGUUGUAUCACAACAGGAAGAAUCUUGAUGAAUUGUGGGUUUGAGGGAGGUGUUUGUAAUAUUCUAUUUUUAGAGGGUAGAUUGUAGAGGUAGAGUUUGAAACUCCCAGCACAACUUUUGUUAUAAAAAAAAUAAAAAAAGAUUUAAUUGUAACUUUCAGCGGAACUUUUGUUAUAAAAAAAUGAGUUAAAUGUCAUUUUAGUCUCGGUGGUUUGA